AUGAAUAAUAUCGGAAUUUCCUUUCAAAACAAUGUACUCUUACUUGACUUCAGCAAGAUUGGAAAAGUCAUGAUGAUGUCCUUAGGAAGCAUUAAGAAAUCGUUAGAAAAUUCAAAUUUUUCGCAACUUGAUAUUACAGUUCAAAAUCAUAGUGGGAGUGAAUGGAGAGCAUUUAAAAUUCCACGAAAAGGAGAAGGACAAUCUUUUCUUCAAGUAAUGGCAAAUAAGAAAUUUAUUUCCGAAUUGGAUUUUAAUAAACAAUCAAACAGAGCUGAUACAAAUGUGAGUCAAUCGCCAAAACCUCCUACUUAUUGCAAUCCUCCUCAUCAAAGAGAAAUUUUAUGUUCAUCUACGAAAUUAUUCGGAUCAAAUCCAAAUGAAAAGCAAGAAAAAUCAUUUAAAUAUUUAAGCAUGGAUACAUACACUCUUCCUGUUUUUAAUACAAAGAAAAUCAGCACAACAACUAAUCCAAAAAGUGAUUCAUUGUGCUUAUUGAUAAGUAAAACGAGUCCAAAUAUACUUACGUUUGAUUCUUUAUAUCAUGGUGAUCAAAUUCUUUCUGAAUCUAUAUUUCCAACAGAAGUUGAGUAA